UGAGGCCCUCCCCCCUUUUUCCUCACGUGGUUUAGCCCACCGCCAUUGGAGAAAGGCAGGGAGACAGAGUUGACCACAGAGGAGAGGGGGAGGUGAGAUACAGACAUCCGAGGAAUGGAAACAUAUUUCAGGUUACCCUGGUCUCCACCAUGAUCUCACAGUGCUUACCAGAUUUCUUUAAAAUUGUAAAUUUUCAUCACCGGAGUCCCAAAUUACAUCAAUGUUUAAGAAGUAGCAAAAAUGGUUUCAGCACCAAGUCACUUUCCAAACGUCAAAGGCGAGUAGUUGUCACAGGUAUUGGUUUAGUGUCUCCUCUUGGCGUUGGGACUCAAUUUGUGUGGAAUCGCCUUCUCCAAGGAGAAAGUGGGAUUAUCUCUCUGGAUGGGGAAGAAUAUACAAGUGUUCCAUGUAGAGUGGCUGCUUGUGUGCCAAGAGGAAAUGGCAAGGGUCAGUUCAGUGAAGAAAACUUUGUGUCAAAAUCAGAAAGCAAAUCCAUGUCUUCGGCCACUAUCAUGGCCUUGGGUGCUGCAGAGCUAGCAAUAAAAGACUCUGGUUGGCAUCCACAGUCUGAACUGGAUCACUUAACUGCUGGUGUGGCAAUUGGAAUGGGAAUGGUUCCACUGGAAGAUAUUUUCAAUACAGGCUUGACGUUUAAAACAAAAGGUUAUAACAAAGUCAGCCCAUUCUUUAUCCCUAAGAUCUUAAUCAAUAUGGCAGCAGGUCAGAUCAGCAUUAGACACCAGCUGAAGGGGCCCAAUCAUGCUGUUUCAACCGCUUGUACCACAGGAGCACAUGCUGUUGGAGAUUCCUUUAGAUUUAUAGGCCAUGGUGAUGCUGAUGUGAUGUUGGCUGGAGGAACAGAGGCUUCUAUUAGCCCCUUGUCUAUAGCUGCAUUUGCAAGAGCUCGGGCACUCAGCACUAACUUUAACUCAAGCCCUAAACUGGCAUGUCGACCGUUCCAUUCACAAAGAGAAGGAUUUGUAAUGGGAGAGGGUGCAGCUGUGUUGGUGUUAGAAGAAUAUGAACAUGCUAUGCAAAGAGAAGCCAGGAUCUAUGCAGAAAUUUUAGGUUAUGGACUCUCUGGUGAUGCUUUCCACAUAACAGCACCUAAUCCAGAUGGAGAUGGUGCUUUUAGAUGUAUGUCUGCAGCAAUAAAAGAUUCUGGAAUAUGUCCUGAGGAUAUAACAUAUGUCAAUGCACAUGCCACUUCUACGCCACUAGGAGAUGCUGCUGAAAAUCGAGCCAUCAAGAGACUUUUUAAAGAGCAUGCAUACACUCUUGCAGUUUCCUCAACAAAGGGAGCAACAGGACAUCUCCUGGGGGCUGCAGGGGCUAUAGAGGCAGCUUUUACUGCCCUGUCCUGUUACCAUGAAAUUUUACCACCUACUCUCAACCUGGAUAGAACCGAGCCGGAGUUUGAUCUCAAUUAUGUUCCGCUAACAGCCCUAGACUGGAAAAGUGAAAAACGACGCAUUGCUCUCACUAAUUCAUUUGGCUUUGGUGGUAGUAAUGCAACACUGUGCUUUGCCAAUGUUUAACUUACAAUGUGUAUGUGUGUGUAAAUACUACAAAUGCAAAUUGGUCAAUGCCCUGAAAAAUGAUUUGUGGACUUCAUUAUGUUUUGUUGUACUGUAACACUUUUUACACGAACCACAUCCCUUUUUAUUCAGUCACAUUGGAGACUUGCUUUUUUUUUUCCAAGUCUUACAGCGCUUACCUAUUUAUCCUUCAGACUACAAAAGAAUGAGUAUUGCUCUUUUAGAGUCUGAUCUUGCAAAUGCUAAGUGCUUUCUUUGAUUUCAUUCACUUCACUGGGAGGUUAGGAUGCUCUGCACUUGGCAGGAUUUAGUCCUUAAUAUUACAGUUCCUGUUUGAUCAACAACCCCGUUCAUCUCAUUCUCCCCUUUAAGAUACUGUUUGUAUUAUUUCUGGUUAUGCAGAACUUUGAAAUACCAAAUUCAGCACUUUAAUUAGGAAUGUCUUAUUUUAAAAAGAAAGGUAUUAAAGUUGGAAAUGCUCUAAAAUCUUUUAUAUUGAUAUUCAAAAGUAUAUACCACUGUUAAAAAAAAAACAACAGCUCUUUUUUUUUUUUAGGUCAUGUAAAAGUAGAAUCUAAAUGGAAUUGUUCUUGCAAAUGGUUUGGUAAAGAUGUGGCUCAGUUAGACAGAAAAAUAAACCUAUUUCAGCUUUUCUAAGUGAGGGGGAAUCUGUCAAAAUUGAGGACUUUAUUUACAUCAGUGCUAUAUCUUUUGCAACAUCAAAGAAGUAGACUCAGCUGAAUUGCCUUUUCCUCAAAGGAUUUAACAGUGAACAGAAAUGUAUUUGAUUUGAAAGCAUGAUGGUUUUGUGUUUUCUUUAUAUGUAUUGGUAAUCCUGAUUUUGUUUUAAAUUUUAAUAGAAAGAUUUAAAAUAAAUAAAAAUUCCCCUACCCUGUUUGCAGUUCAGAUAUUCCAGAUCCUGUCUGUCACUGACUCAUCUAUUUUAAUUUUCCAUGAUAAGUGAUAUGCAAAGGUAUAUAGCAUAAAUAGUGAAAAGUAAAUUAUAAUUUCAAAAUUCAGUUUUACUGACCUGUGCUGUUAAUGUGGGAUAUAUUGCCAUUGAAAUCCAUGGGUGUUAAAUGAGUUCAGCACCUUGCAAGUUAGGGUGCAUAAGAACGCAGCUUCUGUUUUCUAAUAAUAUGUCAUGUUUAUCUUGACAGGGUUCCUUUAACUUCAUAAAGAGAGGUUUUUUUGAUGCACUGAAUUCAAAUGAAAUGAAGUGCUGAAUUUAUAGCUGCUGCAUCUCUUACCUGGUAACAUCAUUUUGAAUCUGUCAGUUUAUGACUUUAUAAACAACUUAGUUGUUCUGUUAAAAAUGAAUCAAAUAUAAAAUUUCACACAGAAAUAUAUUUACCUUAGAAACUUUUUUUACACUUGCUCCUCACAUCAUUAGUACAAGGUUUGAAUUCAAAGACCUUCAUCAAGAUGAAAUUACUCUGGUUAUACAUGUGGGUAUCUAUUUAAUUUAGUAAAUGAAGACAUAAGGUUAAACAAUCUCACUCAAAGACAGAUGGAAAUUUGUCCUUCUGUUGUGCUAUAAUGCCAUAUAAUAAGGUAGAACUUUCUUGUUGGAUCAGAAAAGUGGUCCAUCUAGUCCAAUCCUGUCUCCAGCAGUGGCUAGUACCAGCUGCUCUGGGGCAAGGUGCACAAAAUCGUGCAAUAGGCUGUUAUAGGGAAAAUUUCUCCCUCCCUCCACUCCCAGUUCUUAGAGAUUUGCAUAUGAUAUAAACCAUCAGGGUUUAUGUAUCUUCCAAAUCUUUUAAAAAAUAUUUACUAUUAUAAUUCUAGAUAGAUAUAAAUGUCCAGUCCUUUUUCGAAUCAUGCUAAGCUUUUGGCCUCAAUGAUAUGUAUAAAAGAACUGUUAAGUGCACAGAACUAUUAAGAGCAGUCGUUGAAAAUGAAGGCUUGAACUCAUGGUCUCCUGAAUACAUCUCUCUCUGAAUACAUCUUUGUGCUAGUCUACAGAAUAUUUUUAUUUUAGGAAUUACAUAGCAUGCUUUUUUAAUAGAUCUCCAUGUGCUUUAUAGUAGUAAGUAUCAUCCCUAUUUGGUUUGGUGAUAGGGAAACUGGGGUACAGAAAAGAUAAGUGACUUGAGCCAAGCUUACAUAAUUGAGAACAUUACUGGAACUGGGAACAGAAGCCAGGUUCCCUUUCAGUUACUGUGACCUAUCCAGACUGCUAGUUAAUGGAUGAAAACAUGGAUCCUAAUGAAAGUUAUAUUGAUUCUCACAGCUACAGUUAUGCACCAUGUCAAGUUAUGGAUAACUAAUUUAUGGGGAGAUAAAGCGUGCUAUAUGAGGAUAGACAAUAUUUAACAGUAAAGGGAAAAAGAUGGGGGUCCUAUCAUGAUUAGAUGUUCAAUUUUUAAGAAGUGUUAAUGGUGAACAAUACAAGAUACUGCUGAAAAAAUAACAUUGAAUUGCAUAUUAUUUGUAUUACCAUAGUACUUAGGAACCUAGUCAUUGACCGGGACCUCAGUGUGCUAGGUGCUGCACAAACACAGAACAAAAUAGCAUCCCUGCCGCAAGGGGCUUACAAUAAGUGUCAAAAUCUGAUAGAUGCAAAUGUGAAAGUUGUGUUUUAAAGCAAAAGUUGUAAGUAUAGUGCAAGGAUACCCACAUUAUGCCAAUACUAGUAACACAUUGAUCACUGCCUUUUUACUUACUUGGGGUAGCUCUUUUAUAUACUCAUGGCACUAAAAUUACUUAGAAAUGUUUAUACAAGCUGAGGGGGGCCCAUUAAAAAGCCGGAUCUCUGUAUACUGUGUGGGAAUUGAUGACUCUAAGAUGAUGGUACAAGGUAUAUUAAUAAACUGUCCCCACUUGGUACCUUCUA